UAUUCUCUGUCUUUGCCAUUGUCUUUUUUUUGUUUGAAGCUGUUUCUCCAUUCAAAUUCACAGUUUUCACCAUUGCAGUAUUGAUAUCGUUCAACAUGAAGUUCAUUUUGGCCUUACUGACGGUACUGCUGGAAGCCAGACAGGUCAUUGGAAUUCCCGUCGUUCUAGGGGAACCAGAGAUUGUUUCCAGACAAAUCGGAAUACCGCCACCUUCGGCAUCUAGUAGGUUAUCUCUCGCGUAAUGAAACUCUUCUAGCAACUUCUGACAUUGAUUUCUUCAAGCUUGUAUAUUUAAAUUUGCGCCGGGCCUAAUCAUUAUUCCAAUUGGCAUCCCGUAAGUCUCAUAUGUUGUCGAAUCCUUACUUUGACCAAGUUAACAAAAUCAACAGACCCACGAGCGCCAACCCCCUGGGAUUUUGUUCCGAGUUUAUUCAAUCCUCUACGACAAUCGUCCAAACUUCCGCAUAUACAACUAUAGCUACCGUUACGAGGCCGACUACGAUUGGGUUGACAAAGACAUCUACUCGUGUAAUUACUAGUGUAGUUACACUUACCAGCUUAUCCACACAAACUUCUACAAGAACAUCAACCACUUCUAAGCCAACGACGUCUUCGACCACAUCAAUCACCUCCAAGCCAACUACGCCCUCGACCACAUCAACAUCUUCGUAAGCAUACUCUCUUUACCAGAUAGAAGAAAACUGACUCCCGGUCAACAGAGCACCGACACCUACCACAACCGGUGCCUUAUGUCCAACUCCCGUCGCGGAUCAAACAUGCGGUCUUGCAGGCUGGGGAUAUGCAACCAACAACAUCUACUCAGCAUCAGGCGUUGACGCACAAUCCUGCCACCAACUCUGUUUACAGAAAUCCGACUGCAAGAGUUUCCAAGUGGUUGCGGAUCCGGCAGACCCAGCACCACAAUGCAACUUAUACAAUGUCCCUUCAGGAGGCAGCAAUACCAUCCCCGGUGCAUCUCCAUACAUGUUCUACGACAUCGGAUGUCCCAAUUACGCUCCAGUAUGUCAAAUGCCUCCUCAUAUCACUGACUUUAUCUGACAGCAAAUAUAGACUAAUUGCAAAGUAAAACGCGAUGCCCUUGCUGAGCGAGUCCCCACGCCUUGGUACUUCUCUGGAAUCGCAGAAGAGACUCUGAGUGAUAUCUGUACUUGUAUGGUGACCAAACCGUUACCUACGGCUGUUGUGACGCAAACUUCUCCGAGAGUUGUCACUUCUACUACUGCUGUAAGACUUCUUCUAUACCCCGCUUCGGGCAUCAUUGUUGUACUGUACUUACCACCUGUUUCACAGAUUUUCGUACCGACUACUCAAACCCUUGCUAUCACGACGACCUCUGCGAAGGUUUCGACUGCUUAUGUUACGAGAAUCACUACUGUGACUGUUGGUUGAGAGAGCAGGAAAAAGAAACCUGGAGGGUUUGAGGACGGAGAAUUGCAUGGAAU